AUGGACUUCAGUAUUGAAGCAGCCAAUGUCGAAAUUCCAAAAAUUAACAAGCGCGUUCGCCGAAAAAUAUCCAAAGAAGACCAACUACCAAAAAAAAUCUGUAAUGGAUGCUCAGACAAGUUAAAUCUCUUGUACGCGUUUCGUAAUACCGCCUUAGAAUCGGAACAGACUUUUUUGUCUUGGUUCAAAGAUGAUAAUCUAACCAUCAACGCUUUGGCAGAGACUAUAGUCAAAGAAGAAGUUGAAUUUGAUGAAGAAUCUCUUUAUUUAGAUCUUGUUAAAUACUCUCCCAGCAAUGAGAUGUCUGAAAAUAGUUCCAUUUGUCAAGAUCGAACAUUAACAUCAUCACCUAUAUUCGACGAUGGACCUGACAGCACAACCUCGGAAACAUUUACCUACCGUAUUGUUAAUUUUUAUUCUGAUGAUGAUCUAGAAGACCAAACGAGUGGACUUGACCAGAGUGCUACAAUAGGAAAACCAAUAAACAAAACCCAAGAUGAAGCCUUAGCUGCAUCACCUAUUCUACCUAAUCAUGAUCUCGAAAACCAAGCAAAAACUAUAUUUCCUGGAUCAAGUUCUGAAAAAGUUUUAUUACAGUAUGAUGUAAUACACGGUAGCAGCGUCAGUUUUCACCAUAUUGCAUUAAAUUUAUCACCGACCCAGGAAACAUUAGGUCUUGAAUCAAAACACGGAGGCAAUAACGAAAAAACCAAUGUUUCGGAAUCUGAUACCAUCACAAAUUUAAAAAAUAUGGAACGAGACUGCAGAUACUCUUUGUUACCGUUACAAGAGAAAUUAGUACUUCCGAUUUUUUUAGGAUCCAGUUCAUACAUAUCAGAUAGUGAGUCCAAAAAUAACAACCAUCAAAAAACUUUUUCGGGUUUUAAUAGCGACACAUUUGUGGUAAGUAAUGAAUUUGCGAAGGGCCCUUUUGAUUAUGAAGACUCAGGCUCAGAAUAUUUGCCUUCAUCCGACGAUGAAUCAACUUCAGACUUUCAUAUGUCUUUCGAAGAAGAUUUGGAAGUUCCGAAAGUUCAAAAUACUUACCCAGGAAAGAAAACAAAACUUUUUAAGUCCAAAGGAAAAGGUCAAUUAGAUUUACCAAACGCUGAACAUAUAAUGAAAUCAGAUGACAACCAACCUUCAACAAGUAGUAAAGUAUCAGAGGAAUUAACGUCGGAAAGUGAUUUAGAAUGCCAAAAGUUUAAUCAGUGCUACAAAAAUGAUGAUAGACCCUUUUUUGAACCAGCUAUAUUCUUUUACAUUAUAAAUAAGCCCAAGUCUCCUAACAGAGUUACAGCUAGCUAA